UUCGCCACUUCCUGCGCGAGUGUUCAGUGCGCAUGACCGCAAAUUCCCAGUGGCUUCCUCGGUUUCUUUGGGGAAGUUGGAACUACUUUACUUCAGCCUGUGUUCUCCGUCUCUGCUGACGUCAGUGCAGACCUGUGGUGAUGACGUCACUGGCUGACCUGGAACAGCUUGCGGAUUCAGAGCUGCGAAAGGAAGAGGAGGAGGAUCGGACGGAUGCUCCACCUUCGUCAUCAUCAUCAUCAUCAUCAUCCUUCCCUACUGUUUCUUCACAUCCGUACUAUGACGUGGCACGGCACGGCAUCAUCCAGGUCGCAGGUGACGAUAACUACGGCAGGAAGUUGAUCAUCUUCAGCAGCUGCUGUUUGCCUCCGUCACACCAGUUAAACCACCAGCGUCUGCUCCAGUACUUGAAGUACACACUGGACCAGUACGUGGAAAUGGACUACAUUCUCAUCUACUUCCACUACGGUCUGAGGAGCAGCAACAAGCCGUCACUCAAGUGGCUACAGAAAGCUUACGGCGAGUUUGACAGGAAAUACAAGAAAAACCUGAAGACUCUCUACGUGGUUCAUCCUACAAACUUCAUCAAAAUCGUCUGCAACAUUUUCAAACCACUGAUCAGUCACAAGUUUGGAAAAAAGCUGAAGAACGUGAACUUCCUGGAUGAGCUGCGAGAACACGUGAACUUCGAGCAGCUGAUCAUCCCCUCCGACGUGCUCAGGUGAUCAGUCGCACCAUGAUGGUCUUCGCCUGGUCGUCCAACGUACAAACACGUUGUUUCAGGUCCCCAACCUCCGGUCCGGGGACAGGUGUCGGUCCGUAGCAUCAGAGAGAAGAACAGAGAGGCUGUGAUCCCACCAGUGAUGAGUCAGACUGUCACCUACCUGAAGCAGAAAGGUCUGAAGACAGAGGGUCUGUUCAGGCGAUCGGCUCGAGUCCAGCUCAUCAAGGACGUUCAGAAACUCUAUAACCUCGGGAAGCCUGUGAACUAUGACGAAUGUGGAGACGUCCAUGUUGCCGCCGUGAUCCUGAAGACGUUUAUUCGAGAACUUCCUGAACCUCUGCUCACCUUCAGAGUCUACAGCCAGGUCCUGGAUAUUCUCAAUGUGGAGAGCAUCCUCCGCGUGGCCAAGUGCAGACAGAUCAUGGAGUCUCUUCCAGAGCAUCAUUUCAUCGUGGUCAAAUAUUUGCUGUGUUUCCUGCACAUGGUUUCUCAGGAGAGCAUCGUCAACAGGAUGAGUGCGUCCAACCUGGCCUGUGUGUUUGGAGUCAACCUGCUGUGGCCUCGUCACGGCUCCAUCUCGCUCAGUGCUCUUACACCAAUCAACAUCUUCACUGAGAUCCUCAUCGAACAUUUCCACGCUGUUUUUGACUCGCACUGUCCGCCUGGACAGGUGAUGCCCUAAACCUGCAGGUCGCUGCCAAACAGAAGAGUUUAAAAUUAAAAUGCUGUUCUAAAAGUCUGAUUCUUUUGGAUCUGUGAAACUGUAGUAAACGAUUUAAAAAGAAUGUUGAAAAAAUGAUGUUACUCCGAUCAAGAUUACUUACAAAAGAUAAAAGAAGUAUCCAGAAUGUCUACUUCCACAAACACACUUAUACAUAUAUAUAUUAAGUCACGAAAUGUCCUUUAAAUGGCUAAAUAUUUUGUGUUAAUGUAGGAUUUUUGUGGUUUUUGUGCCUUAACAUUUUUUUACAUCUUUUUUGUAAUGUAUUUAUUAGUGUUGUUUGAAAAUGCAGUACUGCUGACAUUAUUUACAAAGAAAUCAACAGAAAUUAGCAGCAAUACAUUUUAUAAUAAAAAGCCUUUUUUUUAAUGAAAUUGGUCUAAUUUGUUUUUAUUUAUGUUAAAC